GGGGAGAUAACAAGGCCUGGCUUAGACCCAGCGUUUGUCUCAUACCACCAUGGAGGAAAACGAUGAAACACAACGUCGAAUCAAUAAUUCCAAAUUAUUUAUUGAGAUUCCUGAUUACAAAUGGCCUAUCAUAUACUCAUCUCAUUACAACAUCAGCUUUAUGUACUUUGAAAAAUUACACCCUUUCGAUGCUGGAAAAUGGGGUAAAAUACACAAAUUUCUCAAAGAUGAAAAGUUCCUUCAAGAUGACACCACUGUGGAACCAGUAGAAGCUUCAGAAGAUGAUUUAUUGGUAAUCCACCCACAGAAAUAUCUCAAGUCUUUAAAGCUUCACACCAUUUUGGAAGGACUUAUUGAGACUGGAUUAAAUGUUGCAAGGAUUGUUGAAAUUCCACCUGUGGCCAUUAUGCCAAACUUCUUAGUACAGCGCUAUGUUCUUCAGCCAUUCAGAUAUCAGACAGGUGGCACCAUUCUGGCUGGUGAACUUGCUCUUAAGCGUGGCUGGUCAAUAAAUCUUGGUGGUGGAUUCCAUCACUGUUCAGCCAAGAAAGGGGGUGGAUUUUGUGCUUAUGCUGAUAUUACACUUACAAUGAAAUUCAUGAGAGACAGACAUAAGAUUAGAAAAAUAUUAAUUGUAGACCUUGAUGCUCAUCAGGGCAAUGGAUACCAGAGAGAUGUACUUGAAGCUGAUGACAAUGAUGUCUAUAUCUUGGAUAUUUACAACAGAAAGAUCUAUCCAUUUGAUGGCUAUGCUAAAAAAGCCAUCAAGAGAAAAGUAGAACUUGAACCUUUCACGGCUGAUGAAGAAUAUCUUAAUUCUGUUUCAGUAAAUGUCCAUGGAGCCUUAAAUGAGUUUGAUGCAGAUGUUGUUAUUUAUAAUGCGGGGACUGACAUUUUAGAUGGAGAUCCUCUAGGAAAUCUUGCCAUCUCACCAGCGGGAGUAAUUAAACGAGAUUACAUUGUAUUUGAAGCUGUGAGAUCACGUAACAUUCCUAUAAUUAUGUUGACAAGUGGUGGCUACAUGAGAAACAAUGCACGUAUAAUUGCUAAUUCUAUUCUGAAUCUACAUCGAAACCAACUCAUUGACUGUCAGGAAGCAAGGCACCACCAAGCACUUGAAACUCCCUCUAUGCCUCCGCCUGAUCAAGUUUCACGAAGUCGCAGUGAAAGUUUCAUUUCCAGAUUUUUUUGUACAGAACCCAAAAAAAGUCCUUCGAUGGAAUCUCACAUAGACCAAUCAAAAUCCUAACACGAAAGACUUCAAUCAUCUAAGCCCUUUAAAUAUAUAUUUAAUUAUUUACAUCUCUGAGGACCCCCAAACCCUUUGGGUUCCUAUUUCUGAACAAUUCUUGUACAGAUUUCAACCUCUUGGCUGUAGCUCUGCUGAAGCACCAUUAUCAACAUUCUUAAAUACCAAUAUACUGAAAAUUAUUUGGUAUCAAACAUUGCUACAUAAUAUAUUUGUUGUUUAUCCUAAAGCAUAAAACUGUGAUAUUUAUAAAAUAGAAAUUUCAAACCUAUAACUUCCAGCAUUAUCUUAAAGACAACCCCACUCCAAAACAAAAAAAACACGACUACUGAUGUGAACUGUUCAAAGACUUAAAAGUAUAACAAAUUGCAAAGGAUUUUAAACUAACAGGAAUCUCAUUUUAUCUUCCACUGUCACUUUACACUCAUCAUGAUAAUCAACAGAAGUAUGCUUUUGAAAUUUUAGGAUUUAUAACUUAAGCAAGUACUUCUCAACUGGACUAACAUGGCUGGUAUAUUUUGGCUUGUUUUUCCCCUUUUUUUUUUAGUUAAAGAUUUUAAGCAAUUCGACUGAGGGACAAAAAUCCAAGCUGCAUAUUACAAAUAAUGUUGGCAAAACAGCUACUAUUGAAUCAUUUCAAACAUGCUAUGUCAUGGUAUUAAAACUGUCAGUUACAAAAGGGUUGCAUGAUUACAAACUACUGAUAUUUCACUGAAUUACUGUUAACAUUGAAAACAACACGACAACCAAAACAUCGCUUGUAAAUUAAAUUUUAUAUUCUCUUUGUGUCCAAUUUAAAAAUAGCUGAUCGAAGAAAGAUCUUUUGAUCUGUUGCAUCUUCAUUAUAACAUUAAACUUUUCCUCCAUGUUCCCUUCAAAAGGAACAAAAUAUAAUUAAAAAAAAAGUUAUUAGGAUUAAGAUUCAAUCCACCAGUUA